AAGAAUUUCAGAUGUAUUCACUUUUUAUUUCUUUUCCCCUUUCUCUUCAUUCGCGCCCUAGACCCCGUGCCCACCCCAUUUCUGUUUCAAUGUCAGAGUUCAAAGCAUUUUCCAGUUGAUUGAGCCCUAAGUGUCAACCCCAUUUCUUGUUCAUUUUGUCGAGCGAAAACCAGAGUUCCUCACGUUACCAAGUUGAGUGUUAAUCGUUGAAGGUGGCCGUAGACGUGGUGGUGAGAGGCCAUUGAUGUGGUGGCUUCGUUGCUUGUUGGCUGUUGGGUGAGAGGCCAUUGAAGCUGUCCUCGUUUUCUGCCAUUCCAGACCCUGUGAAAUAACCUGGUGCCUAAAUCAUCAUGCAGAAAGAAAGGAAUUAAAGACACACUUGACCACAAGUUCUAGCCAUAAAAACAGGUCCUUUUCACAACACAUCUAACUCCAUAAUGAGAUGAUGCCACAUGAAAGCAGUGCAGAACAAAGAUUCUAGGUAAACCGUACUUGUGAAGUCCUACAGAAGUGUGACACCUAUGAUGGCUGUUCUUAGAAAUCAUUACCAGAAUCAGAAAUUUUCCGGCAAAAAACCAAAAAUGGACCAUAGCUGGAUGUAUAACAUGCUUGAUCCUUCACGGAUACUCAGACAAGAGUUCAUUAAUGGAGUAGCAGAGUUUGUAUCCAAAGCAAUGGAGCAAACUAGCUUUAUAGGUAGAGGGAUAAGGUGUCCGUGUGUCAAUUGCAAAUGUGAGAAAAUCCAUAAACCACAAGAUGUGAUGGCUCAUUUGUUAAAAUUUGGAUUUAUACCAAACUACAACAUUUGGGUUAAUCAUGGAGAAGAGGGAACAAAUGUUCAGAACUUAGGUUAUGCAUCCAGUAGCUUCAAAAACAUGAAUUGUGGGGAUCAGUUUGCUUCAACAACUAAAAUGGUGUAUGAUGCCUAUAUGAAAACAUGUGAUUUGGCGUCACUUCAUGGUAAUGUGGGGAAUGACAGUUUAUAUGAAGAGUCCCCUAGUGCUGAAGCACAAAGAUUUUGUGAAAUGUUAGCCUUUGCGAAAAAACUUAUUUAUGAAGGAGUAACCGAGUCAAGAUUAUCAAUAUCUAUAAGGCUUCUGGCGAUCAGAACCAAAUGGCAUGUUAGUGAAGAAUGCUUAGAUGAUAUGAUUCAAAUGCUUGUUGAUGUCACUCCUAAAGAUAAUUGCAUACCUAAGAACUACCGUGAAGCAAAAAAGAUAGUCUCUAGUCUUGGGUUGAAGACUAAAAAGAUUGGGUUGAAGGCUCAAAAGAUUGAUUGUUGUGAAGAUGGGUGCAUGCAUUACAAGAUUGAUGACCAAUUAACAAAAUGCAAGUUUUGUCAUCAUCCUAGGUAUUUACCUCGUAAGGGUGUCAUAGGAAGUCAUAAAAGUGUCCCAGUGCAACUCACCCCAUCUGAGAUCCCAGUGCAGCUCACCCCAUCUAUUGUAUCUUCUUCGGACAAUGAUCUACCUAAUGAGGAGGUGGAACAUGAUGACAGUGGCAGGGUUAUUAUUACACCCAUUGGUAAAGGGUGGACGCCUAACCACCAUGCCAUUGAGGCAAUUGGGCAGGUAAUUAGGGCACAAUUCAGGAGUCCCUACCAUCAUUAUGAGGUGGUCCCUGAAGAUAUUCAGCUUAGAUGGUGGACCCACUUUAAGUCUAUUGUUACUUGGGCACCUCAACAUGAGUCGCAAAUUCAAAAAGUUUAUGAGAAAAAAGUCAGAAAGUGCCUUUGUGACAUGCUCUCCAAAGCAAAAUCCAAGGGGACCCGGCCUAAUUGGAUAGGAGAACAAGCCUGGAUUGAGUUGCUCAACUAUUGGGACAAUGAGAAGUUCAAAGCAAAAUCUUUUCUGAAUAAAAUGAACACAUCUUCAGCAAGAGGUGGUGCACUACACUCUACGGGAUGCAAAUCCCACCUCAAGGAGCGAAAACAUGGUUGUUGUGUAAAUGUAGAUGAGUUUUUUCUUGUCACUCACACAAAGAAGGAUGGUGCUUGGGUAGACACCCGUGCACAUGAAACCUGUGAUAUAAAAUCAGAUGGUUCUACAAGAUCUACUACAACAACAAAGAUUGACUGCUCGAAAGAUAUUGCUGGAGGGACGAGUAGAGGUGGAGUUGAUGCUACUGGGGACUUGGCUGCCAACAUUCAUCACGGUGCCUCAUCCUUCACUCAACCUUUGACUUCAAUCCGCACAAUUCAUUCAACACAUGAGAAGUUGCUUGAGACAGAGAGGCUUCAUGAAGAAGUAAGACAAGCCACUCUAAGAGCUGCUGCAGCAGAUGAGAAAGCAGCUGUAGCCAAUCAAAGAGCUGUUGCAACAUUAAAGGGCUUGGCUGAAACAAAUAAGAAGUUUGAUGUCAUGGAAGAGUAAAUAUAGUUGAUCAAGCAACCGUUGGCCUUCGUGUUGGAAAGAAAAACCGCAGACACUACAACAACCAAACUUGGAUGAUCAACCCCUUCUUUGAUCAUGGACUUCAUUGAAAGGUUCGGUUUCAGCGGACUUCUUCUGGCGCUGUGUGGCUAUUACUUUGGAUCUAGCUACCUCCAUUCUAGUUCCAAGUUCAGUUGGCUCAACUGUAUGCUUACAUUGUAAUCAAGUUUUAAGUUGUAGUUUCCUCCAAUUUUAUCAACAUCCAGGAAUUGCAAUGUGUGUGCCUGAAUUGUAAUUUGAUCCUUUAACUAGUCCUUAAGUAACAAUGUUUUAACUAUAUAUAUUAUUUCUGUAUAUAUGAUUUAAAUAUUUGAAUUAAAA